AUGGUGCAAAACUGGUGUCGCAUCCAGAAUGAGCUAGCCGAACUUCAGAUGAGCAAGUUCGAUCCCGAUGAGAGCAGGGCUGGAACGGUCGACGAGGACCGGGCCAUAUCUCGGAGUCUUGUGAUUCUUCGUAGUAUACCUGAUCGGAAGGAAGCCUCAGCUCUGGCGGAACUUGGAUCCCUUGAGAAGCUCUCCGUCGAGCUGUCUACCUGUAGUCAUUGCGCCCUGAUUGGCGCUAGGAGACUCGUGAAAGCCUGCGAACCCAUUAUGAAGGCUAAAGGAAUGCCAAAUACCGUAAAGACAGCGAUCGAUAAAGCCGUCCCUAACAUCCUAGGCCGUGAUGGUUUCAUGGCAUUCUUCGACCCAUGCGAAUGGGAAGAAGAUGGGGAAUGGCAGUCAUCGAGAAUUGAUAUGAUUCUCGCUGCGAUUAAGGCUUACAAUGAUGAUUUGGGAGACUUCGAUGAUCAUAGAAUUGAAAAGCCUAAAAUCGUGCACGAUUUCUCUACUCGUCUUGGUAUCUUUUCUAAAUAUAAGCCGGAAGAUGUCUCGCAUUACCGUCCGGAUCACUUCUGGUUUAUCUUCAAGAAGACCUGCCGGCUUGCCAGCUUCCUGUAUGAACGUUGUCUCUUACCUUGUGCGGCAAUGGAGAAUGAUCUACAGUUAUUCCAGUCCUUGUCAUCGUCAAACGGGUAA